AUGGCUCAUCGACAUGCUGGCGGCCUUGAUGGGCAUGCCGCAGUCACCGGUAGCAAAGCAGCCGCGGGUGGUCGUCUCGCUGAAGGGCUGCGUAGUCUUGAACUCGGUGCCCUGGGGAGACAGCUCCAGGUUGAGAUUAUGUUCGAACCCGAGCACGGGGGUCGUCUUCAUCGCGUGGACGAGGAAGCCCUCUGUCUUGUUGGCCCCGUCCUGCAUCUCGACCUUGACGGGGAUGCCGUCCGUCUUGUGCAGCUGCUUCAGGGGCCGGUUGUCCAGGCUGAGCCACUGGUCCUUCUCGACGGCCGGGCGGAGCUGCUCGGCCAGCUCGUCGUUCGCGUUCGUAUAGAUGGUGACCGUCUUCGCCAGGUUGUGUGCCAGCCGCGCGAGAUGCUCAGCGGGCUUGGGGUUGCCCGUCGGUCCGAUGGCCAGGACGCCCACGGAGUCGGCGCCUCGCUCUUCGAAGCCGUGGCAGAAGAGACAGUGGUAGCUCCACAGCCGGUUAGCACAGAACAGCAUCUCGCAACGGAGGGGGCCUCCACGCAGGUCUGGGAUCUCGUCCUUGACGCCCGUCGCCAGCACCAGCUUGCGGCCUCUCCAGACCUUCCCGGCGGCGUCAGUGGCCUCGAACUCGCCCGAGUCCAGCUGCCACACCUUGCGCAGGGCGACGUCCGCCAGCGUGACGGUGUUGUAGCGGCCCUCGCUGCGAGGCCGGCUGGGCCGCCGCCGACGAUGAGACAGUCAAAGAGAGUGGCCAUUGCUGUUUACUCUGAAGCUGACGAUGGUGAAUCUAUGUCGUUAUCGUGGGUUGCUGAGAGCUGGAGAGUGCCUACAAGGGCGUUGGGCGCCUUUUAUAUGUUGAUGACUCUCACGAUGCGGCUCCAGCUUCAACUUCACCACCGGCGGCCGACGCGGGGAGCAAAAGCACCAGAGGGAAUAAAGAAGACGGAGAAAAAGAAAAAGGCCGACAUGGAAGGUCGAGAGCCAGUUAAAUCUCGCCGGUCUAUGCAUGGCAGCUAA